GAUUCAACUCUGACCCUGCUCAGGUUUGUGCUUUUUAUCCUCAUUAUGUCCGGACGCGGGAAGCAGGGCGGCAAGGCGCGCGCCAAGGCCAAGACGCGCUCGUCGCGGGCGGGCCUGCAGUUCCCGGUGGGCCGCGUGCACCGCCUGCUCCGCAAGGGCAACUACUCGGAGCGGGUCGGGGCCGGCGCGCCGGUGUACCUGGCGGCCGUGCUCGAGUACCUGACGGCCGAGAUCCUGGAGCUGGCGGGCAACGCGGCGCGCGACAACAAGAAGACGCGCAUCAUCCCGCGCCACCUGCAGCUGGCCAUCCGCAACGACGAGGAGCUCAACAAGCUGCUGGGCCGCGUCACCAUCGCGCAGGGCGGCGUGCUGCCCAACAUCCAGGCCGUGCUGCUGCCCAAGAAGACCGAGAGCCACCACAAGGCCAAGGGCAAGUAGAAGACUGGCCGAGUGUGCAGCUCAAAUCUCCUGUCCAAACCAAAAGGCUCUUUUCAGAGCCACUCUCUUAAUCAACAAAAAGAGCUGUGCCUUUAAGUCACAUUGUUGGCAUAGCAAAGUAUUAAAUACUAACAAAUCCUGUAAAGCAAAGAAAAGCUUGUCUAAGGUAUUUAUAAAUCUGUCAUUUGGCCCAAGAGACAACCUUGCUCUAAUGAACCCAUGUGAGCAAAACUGGGGUAUCCUGAUUCCUCUGCAGGAUCAAAUGUCCAUCUGGAGCACAAACUUGUCCUGUUAUGGCAGGGACAGUCAGGGAUCUAGUAGGACCUGAGGCCACACACAGGGUAAGAUCCCUAUCUGCUUGGCCUCCCUGGGAUACCAUGGUCCAAAAAACCCCAGGGGGCUGGGCCCGGAAUACCAGAGGAAAAACAACCCAAGGGGGCUGGGCUGGGGAGCAUAGUCUUGCUGGAAGUUUGCCCCUGGCCAAUCAGACAAAGACCUGAAGAAAUUCUGAACAACCCCGGCUAAAACUGCGUAAAAGAAAAUCUCGUUGCUGGGGGUGGAAAGGGGACAUUCUUGGAUCCCCCUCUCCCUGUGAAGAGCUGAUUCUCUCCUCUUAACGCUUUGUCUGCUGCCCCUCACUCUGUGUCUGGUCUCCCUCUUUAUUCCUCCGAGCGGCAGGACCGAUGACCGUGGGCACCAGAAAGCUGCGAUAA